GCGUUAUCUCCAGACACAUGGCAGAGCGGGGGAGUGUUUACAACUUGUGACGAGCUUCGGAAACUUUCCACAUAUACGUUUAUCGAAUCAUACAUGCACACCUUCAUUCAACCAUUACCUUACAAAAGAGAAUAACGUGUGAGGAGAAGCGUCAUCGGCCGUACAAAGCCAACCAAGUCCCGCUAAAAGAGGCACUGUGCUGUGAUGUCCUCUUCCUCCGGGCGCCUCUUGCAGCCUCACUCUAGACUCAAGCCCAGCAGUAGCCCGCCGGACCCCCCGCGCGUCUGACCGGUCUCCUUCCCCCUACUCCCGGUGCUAGAGAAGCGAUGGAUGAACCCGGCGGAGAAGAAAGCCCAGGAGGCGGUGGAGAUGUGGAGGCUAGGGCGGAGGCAGAGAGCGAGCCGCCGUCACUGCUGCUUCCCUUGGCUGCAGAUGAGGAGCCAUGUGCACCCAAGAAAGCACGGCUGGACCUGGGAGAAGGUGAGCAGGAGAGCCAAGAGAACGAGGUGCCAGUUGAAGAUGAUGUGCAGACUUUGACACAACUGGGAGCAGCAAAGUCUGACAGUGCAGGAAAUGUGGAGGUCAAAGGUGAAGAAGAGGUGGAGCAUCAUAAUGGAGCUCCAGAGCAAGGGCAUGUGCCAGAGGAGGAGAGCUCUAAAGAGCAGGAUCCUGAGGGGUCAGAUGACAGGACCGGAGUUCCACAGCAUGUUGACUUGGAUUUCUCCCAGAAUCCUCAGAUGCUGACUGGCUCCUGGGCAGAGUUCUCCUCUUUCCCUGAGAAUUACCUGAAAGGCUGCAAAUGGGCCCCAGAUGGCUCAUGUCUCCUGACCAACAGUGCAGACAAUGUACUGCGUGUGUUCAACCUGCCCCCGGAGCUGUACACCUCCAGCUGGGAGCUUAUCCCAGAGAUGAGCCCAGUGCUGCGGAUGGCUGAGGGAGACACCAUCUAUGACUACUGCUGGUACCCCCACAUGAGCUCUCUGGACCCAGACACGUGCUUCCUUGCCAGCAGCAGCCGUGAUAACCCGGUGCAUGUGUGGGAUGCCUUCUAUGGGGAGGUGCGGGCCAGUUUCCGUCCUUACAAUCACCUGGAUGAGCUGACAGCGGCCCACUCCUUGUGCUUCAGCCCGGACGGGACUCAACUCUACUGUGGCUUCGACAAGAUGGUCCGGGUCUUCCACACUGAGAGGCCUGGGAGGGACUGUGAGGAGAGGCCCACUAUAGUGAAGAAGCAAGGUGUUGGUGGGAUCAUUUCGUGCCUGGCGUUCAGCCCCACUCGGGACCUGUAUGCCUGUGGCUCUUACUCCAGGGGCCUGGCUGUGUACUGUUGUCAGGAUGGGGCCCCUGUGGCACUGCUGCCCACACGACACCGCGGGGGGCUCACCCACCUCCUCUUCUCCCCCGAUGGGAACUACCUGUACACCGGAGGACGGAAGGACCCAGAGAUCCUGUGCUGGGACCUGAGGGAGCCAGGCAAAGUGCUUUUUUCUUUACAGCGGAACGUGGCCACCAACCAGCGCAUCUACUAUGACCUGGACCCUUCAGGCCAGUACUUGCUGAGUGGGGACACUGAAGGCCUGGUGUCUGUGUGGGACACUCACUGUACCCCCUGUGGGGAUACAGAGCAACUGCAGCCUCCCCACCUCACCUUCCAGGCCCACUGGGACUGCACCAAUGGAGUCAGUGUUCACCCGUUCCUGCCCCUGCUGGCGACCUCCAGUGGCCAGCGCCAGUUCUCUUGGCCCAGCGACAGUGAGUGCGACUCAGACACAGAUGUGGGAGGGCAUCCGGAGCGCAGGCAGGAGAACUGUGUGUGUGUGUGGUGGUCCAGACCCUCGGGGACUGCGGCCGAGGGCUCCAGCACCAGGAGCCCGGGCCCUGAGACAGCCUGAACAACGAUGUGGAUACUAGAACUGUGUGUGUGUUACUGUAGUGGAGCUGCCUAUCGUGCCUGCUCUGGACAAGUGCCCUUUGCUUUGCUUUGUGAUACUCAGUAGGGCCUCACUAUCUGGGGCAAAGUCAAAUUGUGAUUCUGUUUGUAAUUUUAUUUACGUUUGAAAUAAUUUUUUAUCAGAUAUGGGCCAUGUAUCGGUUUCAGUAUCUGUCUAUAUCAAUAUCCGAUACUGUAAUUCAACAUAAACAUCUAACACAAUUUUCUAUAUUCCAGUUAAAUACAUUGUAUUAUUUUUACAAAGGGGAACAGUUAAUAUGUAAUCUUUAUUUCAAGUUAAGAGACAUUUUUGGGCCUUAUGAAUUUUAAAACCUAAUAAUCGGUUAUAGUCAAAUAUCAAUUAUCGACCACAACACCAGGCCAAACAUUGGUAUGGGCUCAUCCCUAGUUUUUAUUCAUGAAUACGUUUACAGUGUACAUUUUAAAUGCAUUCAGGAGCUUUUUUAUUUGAGAGAACACUGCCAAACUAAUAUCAAUUUUCAGAAUAUGUUUGUAUAGGUCUUAACUACAGGGUUAGCAGCUUUUACGCAGAAUAAGACCCCAUUGGAGACACAGAGAGGGCAUCUGGCACACAGGGACAUUUCUGAACAUGUUUGUAGAGGUCUAAACUACAGGGAUAGCAGCUUUUAUAUUGUCUCACCAGCCAAAAAUACGCAUUACUCCAAAUACUUUAUGAAGAUGUGACUAACAGGGUACCACACAAACUGGAGAUUGUGAAAAAUAAUGUACCUGAUUUCUAGAAAAUCAGACCAAUAUGUAGAAAAUUGAG